CCUCCGCGUGAGCCGCCCUGGGAAUAUUGAACAUAAUGUGACCUCUCCGUCCAGACUAAGCCGGAUCUCAGAGACUCCGUGGAGUGGGAGGGGCGCAGUCUCUUGAAGGCGCUGAUCAAGCAGUCGGCGCUGUGGUGAGUAUCGCGCGGCGCCUCCCCGUCCUCCCCGGGAAGGAAGCCUGGGCCCACUCUGACAUCGCCUCCUGUGUGCCUCAGUGGAGAGCAGGUCCACGUCCUGGGCUGUGAAGUGAGCGAGGAAGAGUUUCGCCAAGGUUUUGAUUCCGGUACCAACAGCCAAGAGAAAGGGAGAGGGACAGAGAGCCAGAAACAUCAAUGAGAGAGAAACAUUGAUCAGCUGUCUCCUGCACACCCCCAACCGGGGAUGUACCCGCAACCAAGGCUGGUUUACCAUGACCUCUUCAGAGACCCUCUCAACUGGUCAAACACUGGUGAAGCCCUUCCAGGGGGGCCCCUGGGAGUCUUGAGAGCAAUGUGCAGGAGAACAGGUCCUGGUCCGGUCACCAUUGCUCUUGACUCACUUAGCUGGCUGCUGCUUCACCUUCCCUGCACCACACUUUGCCAAGCCCUGCAUGCUCUGAGCCGACAGGACUCCCGCCCUGAUGACAGCUCCCCAGUAGGACGUGUGCGUGUGCUGGGCCUGCUACAUGAAGAGCUCCAUGGCCCAGGCCCUGUGGAAGCAUUGAGCACCCUUGCUCAGAUUGAAGUGACCUUGAGUGGUACAGGGGGCCAAGCCUCAGCUCACAUUCUCUAUCGGAGGCCCCAACAUCGUCCAACACAUAAGAUUCAGUGGUUCUCCAUCCUCCCUGACUUCAGCCUGGACCUCCAAGGGGAGUCUCCCCUAAAGUCGAAGCCCCACCCAGAUCCUCGCACACACCCGGUGGAUCCCACUACUCACUUGACCUUUAACCUUCACCUGUCCGAGAAAGAGAAGGAAGCCAAAGAUAGCCUGACCUUGCCCUUCCAGUUCAGCUCUGAAAAGCAGCAGGCUCUACUGUGCCGUGGUUUAGGCCAAGCUACCAGCCAUAUCUUCUAUGAGCCAGAUGCUUAUGAUGACCUGGACCAAGAGGACCCAGAUGAUGACCUAGAUAUUUGACUAGACUGAAUUGGAGGGGGCUGAGGAGACCGUGGGCCUAUAACCAUUGUUCCAGUUGGCCUUACCUCGUUUCUUCCCCACCUUUGUUUCCUGUGUCUCUGGAGGCCCUACCCUGUGACCUGGGAGCCAGGGAGCAGUGUCCAGUCAGGACAAAAAGUGUGAUGGGCCCUAGCCAGUUUGGCUCAGUGGACAGAGCAUCAGUCGGUGGACUGAAGGGGCCUGGAUUCGGUUCUGGUCAAGGGCACGUACCUUGGUUGCAGGUUCCCCGGCCCUGGUCAGGGUGCAUGCAGGAGGCAACCAAUCAACGUGUCUCUCUCACAUUGAUGUUUCUCUGUUUCUCCCUCUCCCACUCUCUCUAAAAAUCAAUGGAAAAAUAUCCUCAGAUGAGGAUUAACAAAAAAAAAGUGGGAUGGGGACAGAGGGAAAGGUGAGAGACUAGGAAACCUGUCUCUCCCCGCCCCCCCCCCCCCCCACACACACACAUACACACACAAGCCUAAUA